AUGCCGUCCGCCGGGGCCGUCCCCUUCACGGCCCUUCUUCUCCUCGCCGUCUUCUCCGCCGAGGAGCAGCCGUUCAAAGGCCUCGUGCCCGAGAGCCGGAGCGGGGCCUUGGCCGGCAACAACGUCACCGCUGCGGCCGGCGCGGCGGCCAUGUGCUACCGAAGGGGCGGCGCCGACGAAGAGGCCAACCCGGGCAAGACGGUCCUCGACGUGUCCCCGCUCGCCGUGUGCCCUUCUCCUGCAGAUGAGAAGGGUCUGAGCGGGCGAGCAAAGGCAUGGUGCUGCUGGGGCCUCGCCGUGGCGAUGACGAUGGUCGUGUUCGUUGUGUGGCCAGAGACGUUCAUCGUAUCGCCCAUCGACCCCAUGUUGACCGGUGUUGACGCGUCGGUGGUCGACGGCGACGGCGACGGCCACCGCGAGCUCUUCGACUGCGCCAUCUGCAUGGAGACGGUGCCUGGCACCCUCAAGUUCAGCGUGGGCUCGUGCGGCCACGCCUUCUGCUCGGGCUGCGUCGCCCAGUACGUCGCGGCUAAGCUGGGCGAGAACGUCGCCCGCGUCAAAUGCCCCGACCCCGGCUGCAAGGAGGGCGCCGUCGAGCCGGAGAGCUGCAUGGGCAUCAUCUCCUCGGACCUGCUCGACAAGUGGGGCUUCCUACUGUGCGAGUCUUUGCUCGGCGCCAAAAGGGUGUACUGCCCGUACAAGGAAUGCUCGGCGCCUCUUCUCGCCGAUGGUGAGGCCGGUGCGGCAGCGAUCGUGGAGGCCGAGUGCCCGCAUUGCCACAGGCUGUUCUGCGCCCGGUGCGUCGCUCCGUGGCACGCCGGGGUCGGGUGCAGGGAGUUUCAGGAGCUCGGGCAGGACGAGCGCGGCCGGGAGGACCUCCUGCUGAGGAGGCUCGCCGGACGGCAGAGGUGGCAGCGGUGCCCCAAGUGCAGGAUGUACGUGGAGAAAUCGGAAGGAUGCAACUACAUCAAAUGCAGGUGUGGAAGCAGCUUCUGCUACAGAUGUGCAUCCAAGGUGUCCGCGCUAACCCAUUACUGCAACAAGUGCAAGCGGUAG